AUGCGAGAAAUAUCUUUGGACUACUCGUCUAUUAAGAGCUCUGAAUGGAAAGCAAAAACGCUUGGAACACUUUUAUUCACGUGCAAACAGCAACAAGUGGCGUCAGACGGCCGGCGCAGUCACCGAGGGAAACUCGCAGGUGGGGGCGCGACGCAGAAUGCGGGCAGCGAAUCCGGCAGAGGGCCGCGCAUGCGCAGAAGCAGCGGCGGGGCGGGAGCAGGCGAUUUGGACCGUGGCGGGUUCCAGCCGCGCCUUCCGACUUCGCUGCCGCCCCCAGGGCAGCAGCAGCAGCAGCAGCCGUCGCCGCUACUACGCCGACAGCCCGUCCCGUUGAUGCCUCCCGCGCAGCUUCAUCCGGGAGCGCCCCAGGUGGUCGCUCUGGCGCCUGCGGUCCCUCUUCAGUCGCCACCGCCUUCGGAGCAGAUGGACGUCGACCCCUCAGCCGGGCCGCCAUCCCACGCGGUGGCUGUGCCGCCUGUCCUGCAGCCGCUUUCCUUGGGCACCCCCAAGGAGUAUGACACCGCAGCGCCUUGUCCAGCGCCCACUAAGCAGCUGUCGACGCAGCGUCAGGAGACGCUGCCUCUCUUCGUGGGUCCCGACGCCCCGUCGCGUCCAUUGCGGCUGCAUGCGGCCAGGGGGCAGUGGGUUCGCUUUCCCCCUUCACGCGGGCUCCGACCUGCCGCAGUGAGCGCUCCGGAGCGCUUCGGCUCCCUGGAGUUCGGUUGGAACAGCCUGCUGUAA